AUGGCAGCACCCUGUCUACACGCAACGGGGUUACCGCGAUUCCUCCUACCACAACUGUCGUGGUCUUCACGAGCUGUGCGGCCAACAGCACUGGGCGCAUGGGAAGCACGACGGCAGCGAACCCAUGCAGCCUCCGAGCAUCGCAUGGCAUGUCCAAACACCAGCACAAACACCACACAGACGCAAUCGAUACGAAAAUGGCGGGAAAACGUGCCACACUCUGCUCGAGGCGUAUCGACAGCGAUCCAUUUCAGCCGUAGCUUCAGCGCCAGCGCGCCAGCGUGGAAAGACCACCAUUUCGAUACGCUCAAGUUUGUGCAGCGCAUGAAGGAAGAAGGAUUCUCAGAGGAACAAGCAGAAGGCAUGAUGCGCGUGCUCAGCGAUGUGAUUGAAGAAUCAAUCCAAAACCUCACACGCACCAUGGUCCUCCGCGAAGACCAAGAAAAAGCAACCUACACCCAAAAAGUCGACUUUGCCAAACUCCGCUCCGAACUCCUCACCGCCGACUCGACCGAAUCCUCGCUCACACGGGCCUCGCACGAGCGGCUCGGCAACGAACUCGCCAAGCUCAACUCGCGACUGCGCGACGAGAUUCAGCGCACGCAGGCGUCGGUGCGACUGGAUUUGAAUCUGGAAAAGGGCCGGAUCCGCGAGGAGGCGAAUGUGCAGGAGUUGAAGCUCAAGGAGACGGAGACGAGGAUCGAGCAGGAGACGGCGGCGUUGCGGGAGCGGUUGGAGGCGGUCAAGUUUUCGACGUUGCAGUGGUUGAUGGGGGUUUGUACGGGUACGGCGGCGUUGAUGUUGGGGGUUUGGCGGUUGUUGAUGUGA